AUGAUGAUAAUUGGUUUUGUAUGGUACAAACGAUGGUUGAAAAAUAGAACAGUAUCUCGUAAGGGCUACUAUCAUAAUGACAAGCCACCUUCCAAUUCUCAUCUGAAUCAAUCUUCAAAGUGUUCUACUCCGGGUGAUUGCUUAAGUCAACCUAAAGAAUUAAUAGGGAACCCUUUAAGCAACGAACUCGAAAUCACUGAAAACCAAAUUAUUCACCAAGAUCUACAAUUAGAAAGUACUACUGUAACAAAUCUGGAUAAAUCGUCGUCCAUAAAUCACUCGUCAAGGGACUUAUCGGUGACGUCUAAUAAUCCUGUAUCUAACUCUGAGAGAGCUAGAAAUGUUACAGAUGAAUCGAUCAGUGUAGAUAAAGUAAAUAUUAGGCCUGGUACUGACGUAUCUUAUCAAAUUACUAAUUUGUUAACUGAUCAUACUUUAGCAACAACUAUCUCUUCACUCGAUUCUUGCAAGCAAAAAGAAUUCCAUGAUCCAUUAAUAGUAGGAAGUUCGUCCUGGAUGAAACAAAUUCUAGAUACUGAAGAUCAGGAUACCUUCAGCGAUUACAGCCACGAUUCACUCUAUGAUAGACUUAAAUCGCAUAUUGAUCUUGAUAGUUCAUCAGAUGUUAACAGUCUGAAUGCAGGAUUCGAGAAAUUAGAUGCUGAAGAUCAGGAUAGUUUCAGUGAUUACAGCCAAGAACCGCUCUUCUAUAAUAAACUUAAAUCGCAUAUUGAUCUUGAUGGUUCAUCAGAUUUUAAUAGUCUGAAUACAGGAUUAGAUGAAAAUUCUGAUACUAGUGCUUAUGGCACAAGACCUCCUAGUCAGAAACCUGAUUAUCAUCCGUCGAUAUACAUAUCGUAUUUUCCCGAUAGAGAAGGUCAUUCUCAGGAAGCUAAAGCUCUAACCAACCGUCUACGUCACCUUGGGUUUAAUGCAAUUUCACACGAAUACAAUACUUUAGCCAUUAACUAUCAAGGUCAAGGAAACUGGGUUGCAUCUAGCAUUAGAAAUGCAGAUAAGGUGAUAAUGAUUUUAUCCCCUGAAUAUUGCGAAAUUAGUAACUGGUUGUUAACUAAAGACAAAUCCGUUGGGAACUAUUACACGAACAAAUCUCUAAUUGAUUUUUUACGUGUUACUCAAGAAUUAACGGAAAUUAGAAACAUUAUCUGCAGUAAUGCCCAAAAAAACACUAAAACCUUUUUGGUAAGGCUAAAAACAAGUCAACAAUUAAACGCAUUGGAUGGCUUUAAUACAUUCCCUCUGCUGGAUUGGCCUAAAGAUGAAAACAAACUUGUAUGUUUUUUACAUAAUGUUGAAUAUUAUUUACCCAAACCAUUACCGAAAACAACAAAAGUUAUAAUCGAAGCAGACGGCGAAGUUAUAACGUCUGUUGUUAGUGAAAAACAAUCAGAUGAAGUUACGGUCAUCACUACUACAUGUUGA